AGAGUUCGCGCGCAGUGGCCUGGUUGGUGUUGCUUCCAGGGAGAGAAAAGGAGUGGCAGCACAGCAGUAGGCCAGGCCUUCCACCGGACCCCACCUCUUUUUGCCAUUAAUGAAUGAAUUGGGAACCAUAGAUCACCUUCACCUCUCCCAUUAUCAUUCCUCUCUUCCCACACUUCUCAAGAAAAAACCACUAAACAAAACUUACCAUCAUUACUCUCUUUCCCUUUCGCUAUCCCUCCAUUGCAUUUUCUCUUAGCUUCCCAUUAAAGGGUUGCACUUCUUUUUUCUUUUUUUCAAUUUUUUUCUGGGAUUUUGAGGCUUGAGGUGUUUUGGGUUUUGUGUUUUUGUUAUGAUAGGAUGGAAACCAUGGAGACGCCAUUGAAAGAGGUGCAUGAUCUGGGAUCAAGCCAAGAAACUGUUGCAAGUCCUGUGCAUAAGUGUGAAGGCUUGACAGGAAUAGUUGAAGAAGAUAAUCACGAGCAUCAGCAGAAGCUGAGUAAUCUCUUUUUAGAGAUACCCUCAUCAACAUUGGAAGACUCCUUACAGGAUUCUGUUGAAAUAAAGAUCCCCCCAUCACCUAGUCCAACUCCUAGAAAAGUAAAUUUCCUUUUGACGCCUAAUUCUAGUGAUGUAAAAGCCUGCGGGUCCCCAGGCCCAUCUAGAGGAAAAUCAUCCUUAAGAAAUCUUUUACCUAAACUAAGCUUCAAGUCUCGAAUUUCAACACUAGAUUUUGAGAAGGCAGCCAAUCUACCUCCAGAUUCUUCAUAUAACAUGCCAAGGGAGAAACCAUCAAUCUCAAGGUCAUUAUCACUUACAAAGAUUUUCACCCCUAGGAUGAAGAGAACAUCAUCACUGCCUGUAAGUUCAAUUGAAACUUCCAACUCAGAACCUACACAUGGAGGAAGCACUGGUGAUGCACCCAAUUCAAGUUUUCUUUUUCAGGGAAAAGGAGCCCAGCAACAGAUAUCUCGCUCACUUUCAGUCCCUGUCAACAAUAAAGAAAGAAGUUUAAGGAGGAUGGAUUCCUUUUUCCGUGUCAUUCCUUCAACUUCUCAAGUGAAGGAAGGAGAUGUGAUAACAAAUGCUUCUCCAAGGAGUGAUACAGAAACUGAUGACACCGAUGGUGAAGAUAUACCUGAAGAAGAGGCUGUUUGUAGAAUUUGUCUGGUUGAACUGUGUGAAGGAGGUGAGACCCUUAAGAUGGAAUGCAGCUGCAAAGGUGAGCUUGCUCUUGCCCAUCAAGAAUGUGCUGUAAAAUGGUUUAGCAUCAAAGGUAACAAGACUUGCGAUGUGUGCAAGCAAGAGGUUCAGAAUCUGCCGGUUACUCUGUUGCGAAUCCAGAGUGUACGUACCCGUACUACUGGUGCAAGUAGAGCUCAUCAAGCAGAUGCUAAUGGAUACAGGGUCUGGCACGAAGUUCCUGUGCUUGUCAUCAUUAGCAUGCUUGCCUACUUUUGUUUUCUUGAGCAGCUACUGGUUGGAAAUAUGGGUACCAGUGCAAUUGCCAUAUCCCUUCCUUUUUCUUGUGUACUGGGUCUCCUUUCAUCCAUGAUCUCAUCAACCAUGGUGAAGAGAAGAUUUGUUUGGGUUUAUGCAUCAAUUCAAUUCGCAUUGGUGGUUCUCUUUGCACAUAUUUUUUACUCAUUGGUCAACUUGCAAGCAGUUCUUUCCAUUCUUCUAGCAACAUUUGCUGGAUUUGGUGUAGCAAUGAGUGGGAGUUCUAUACUGGUAGAGAUCAUGAGAUGGAAAAGAAGACGAAAUUUUCAAUCAGAGCUGCUGCAUGAUUCCUAUAUGAUCACAGGACUAGGCCAAUUCCCAAGAACCGUACGUUCCUCGCAAAGAGUUUCUCGUGAUCGCCAUUGAAAUGAAGUGAGAACACAGAAUCUCUCAGAUGGAAGUUAAAAUCCACUUUUUGCUUAAAGUUUUGUUAAAAUAGAACAUGUUUUGGCUAAAUUGUGCUUGUCUAGAUGAUGCAAGAUUGCCUUUAUUGUAUACUCAGAGUAGGAUAAUUUUUCUUUUUUCAGCAAAAUUAUGCUGGAAAGAGUAUCAAAACCCACAGGAUCAAAACUUGCAACAAAAUUAUGAUCACAAGUUGUAUACUUUUUUAGCAUUGUAAGGACUCUGUAUGCUCACAAUAACUUUACUGUAUUGGGUUUUUGACAGGAUUGGAAAUAGGUAAAAAAAUUGGAUACAACUUUCCUUCAUUUUUUUU